CGCCUGCAGGUGGCAGUAUGAGCUCAGACGCCUGUCACGAACGGACAUAAGAGAGAUAGAAGAAGCGUGUGACGUCAUCACGUCGCGACGACAUGGCGGUCUAGCGUGAAACUAAUGAAGGGCAGCUCGUGUAAACAUCACAUUUAAAGAUGUCCGUCAAUCUUCUGUCCACCGCUCUGCGGUCUCUGUCUCUCUGUAAGGUGGCUUCUCGGAGCGUCCAGUCUCAGAUCGUGAGCAGACCCGUCGGUCCAGCUGUAGACAUCAAAGGUUUGUCGUGGCGAGGCUUCAUCACGAGCGCUUCGCAGCAACAGAACCGCAGAAUGUGGAAGCAGAGGGAGAAAUACACCAUCCGACCCAUCGGCAUGAAGAAAACCGGAGGAAGAGACCAUACAGGUAAGGUCAUAAGGCAUGGGAUCGGAGGAGGACACAAACAGAGGUAUCGCAUGAUAGACUUUCAGCGUCUGCGCUACGAAUCAGGAAAAGAAGACCAGCCCAUCGUGGAGAAGGUUGUUGAAGUGAGAUACGAUCCGUGCAGAUCCGCAGAUAUAGCUCUGGUCGCCGGCGGAAAUCGUAAGCGCUGGAUCAUUGCAACUGAGAACAUGGGGUCUGGAGACCUGAUCAAGACGUCCGGUGUGAUCGGACGUAUGGCAGUUUUGGCCAACGAGGGAGACUCUCAUCCACUGGGCGCUCUUCCCGUUGGGACGCUCAUUAAUAAUUUGGAGCUGUACCCUGGAAAGGGAGCUCAAUACAUACGGGCUGCAGGCACAUGUGGUGUGUUGCUUCGCAAAGUUAAUGGCACAGCAAUUGUUCAGCUUCCUUCUAAACAUCAGAUUCAGGUUCUGGAGACUUGCGUGGCUACGGUUGGUCGCGUGUCUAACGUUGACCACAACAAGCGCAUCAUCGGUAAGGCCGGUCGCAACCGCUGGCUGGGCAUCCGACCGUCGAGUGGCUUGUGGAAGAGGAAAGGUGGCUGGGCGGGCCGCAAGAUCAGACCUCUGCCUCCCAUGAAGAGCUUCAUCAACCUGCCUUCUGUUGCUGCAAAGUCAUGAUGAUGUCAUCAAUCACAUGACCGCACGCAUGUGUUGAUGUGAUCUAUCAGGACAGGACCCUUGAACGCGCGUCACGACUGACACAAUAACAAAAAAAAAAAACAUCAAAUCAACACACGUUUGGGUCUUCGGUUCUGUCGACCAGCUGCUUAAUGGCAAUAAAGAGAGACUUGUGUGUAUGAGAAUAAAAACUUCUUGUUAAAACACAUCUACAUGUGAAGAUAAAGGCUAUAAAAUACCAAAUGUAAAACAUUCAAACAUGCAAACUGUUUUAUUAGUAACAUUAAAAAAUGCUGCAAAGGUG